AUGUCCGCAGAUGAAGAAAACGUCUUCAGCAUGGUCCAGUCGCGCCGGUUCGCCUGCGACCGUUGCCACAGACAGAAACUGAGGUGUGAAAGGAGCCCUUUCGUUGCAAAGGGCAACAUCAUCAUCUCCUUUGGAGCCUGCAGCCGCUGUGUCAAGGCGGGAGUGCCUUGCCAUAUCACGACACAGCAGCCAGGCUCACCUACUUCUGAUACUAUCAACAACACCACCAACAACAUCAACGUGGACACUACCACCACCCCCAGCACCACCACCGUUGCGAGGAAGAGAAAGACUCCUCCGACGGAGAUACGGGGCGACGCAGCCACGGAGUCAUCGUCUGCGUCGUCCUCUGGGAACUCUGCUGUUUCCAUCUCUGCACCACCUUUCAUGCAACUGACAAGCAUUGACGAGUUUGACAUGGGGGACAUUUCAGCCACUUUUGACGGGAGCUUGUUCGACACCGAUACUGUAUCCUUUCAUGAUCACAGCCACUUCGAAUUGGGUCUGGACAAGUUCCAAGGGGCAAUGGCAGCCGGGAGCACCUCAACACCGUCUGGAUCGCUGGCACCGGUUGCUCCUAGUGAAGCUCCAUCGCCCCCUGACCAUCGCCCGCCGGAGCUCGACAGGCAAAGGACCAACAUGGGUGUCGAACAUGACAAGUUGAUUGGCUUUGUGGACCCAGCCUACUUUGAGGGUUCGGAAGCACAUCAUGGCGAGAGCAGCAACAACAAAAGCAACUCUCAUCCCUGCCAAAGCCAAGACACCGUGGUCACGGUAGAACCGCCCGACGCCGAUCACGUGGGCUCCCCAGACGAGAUCCGCAGAAGACGAUUGUUGGAACUUCACUCGCUCCUCUUGAGCGAGCUCCACUGCAUCACCGACGCCGACCUGGCCCAGGCCUUCUUCUCGGAUGAGAGCACCAGUCUCCCGACGGGCAACGCGAACGUCUCCGAGACAAACAUCGUCCGCCGGGUGCUCUCGGCCUCGGAGCGUCUGAUCGACCUGCUCAAUGGCUUCUGCUGCCCACCUGCCCCCGCCCAGCAGGACCAGGCUGAGCAUCGCCGUCAGUCGUCCCCGGCCAGCGCCAUCACCACCACCACCAGUAGCCGCGACACGACCAUUUUUGGGACCGUGCAAGAUACAUACCCUUCCACCAGCCCUCCUUCGAUGCCAUCCUCGCCCGUCGAACUCCCCAUGGCAAUAUCCUUCCUCUGCUGCUACGUCAGCCUCCUGUCGGUGUACCGCGCCGUCUUCACGAAUAUCUAUGACACCCUGCGGUCCGCUUUGUCUGACGCCACCAACAAAAAGCCCACCGCGGCCUCCGUGCCUCCUUUUCCCCAAGCAUCUCGCAAUGCGCACCCCCGCCUAUCCCACCAGCAGGCAGGCUGCAGCAUCGAGGCCCCCUCAGCACCCAAGGCCAGGCGUCUUUCCGUCUUGGUCGGAGGUUCGGGGGAUGGGCUGGCCAGACGGGCAGAUCGGGGCCACGUGGGAGAUGGGGGAACCCGUUGCAGUGGCGUGCUGACGCGACUCGACCCGCCGUACAUCACACGGCAGCGCGCUCUGGGGAUCCGCAUCCAGCUCGAGGUCAUGGCGCACAUGCUCGACCAGAUAGAGGACGCGUGGACGGGCAUGCUGGGCAGCGAGGACGCCCACCACCGCCAGCCGCAGCCGGACCCGGUGCACGACACGGCGGCGGCGGCGGCGGAGCUGUGCAGCCCCUACCACCGCCGUCAUCAGUACCACAACCACCCCCACCACCACGACCGCCACAGCCAGUACCACCAUGUCCAGCAGCACCUUCACGACCAAGAAAUGGAUCAGAGUCCGCUGGACAGCGAGCGGUCCGGCCUUCACCCGGUUGGGACAGCCACCAUGCAGCUCCUGCAGAGCAUGUUGGCUCACGAGGGGUACAGCUCCGCCGAGGGUGAUCACAGGAUGGGCCUGGGCAGCCUGAUGGAGAUCGUCGAGAGCAUUCGCAAGCUGUUGAGAAGCACUCGGUUCACAUAG